AUGAGAAGGUUGCUAUUUAGCUGUUAUGAUCUUUUCACAGAAAACCAGGCAACACAGGAGCAAAUGGAGAGCCAAGUCGGUGUCUCUCAACAACAGCAGCAGCAGUCUAGUCCCACCCUCCACAGCGAGGAUCAAGCUGUUAGUCUGCUGUCCCUGCUAAAGAAGGGACCCAAUCUGAAUCCAGCGUGCCCAGUAAAUGCUGAUAAGAUUCAGGGGGUCAUCAAACUGCAAACCCCUCCGAAAUACAAGAUGAAGGAUGAUACUACCCAAACUGGGGCAGAGGUGGCUGAUGCCAAGGCUGACAGAGAUGAAAGUGGCAGCACAGCUCUAAGUACCUGCACUGAAGGUUCGAAGCCAAAAUCUGGGAUAUGUAGCUCACUGCUGGCUGUCAUAGAGCAGCUGAGAGAAAGGUCAAAGUCCGAGAGUGAUGCAGACGUGGAUGAGGUAAUGGGUGAUGGGGGAAAAUCCAGUGGAAGUGGGAAAGGGCGCCGCAGGAAAGGAGGUCGUGUCACUAGUCAGACCAGGUCAUUGGACGAUUCAAAGUGGUUGGAAACUUUGGAGAAUGUUGAAAAACUUGAUGAUAUGGAAGGACAGUACCGAUGUAAGCUUUGCCAUUACAUGUCUGCCAAUGCCAGUCUUAUGUGCACGCACAUGCGCUUGCACAAAGACAAGCAGCCAUUUGAGUGCUCUCUUUGCAGCUUUGUCGCAGACUCCAAUGAAUCUCUGCAAAGUCACAUGAUUCAGCACUGUAAAAUCAGAACUUACCAAUGCAAGACUUGUUCAGCCGUUUUCAACUAUAAGAGCCAGCUACGUGCUCACAUGCGAGGGCAUGAGAAAGACGCCAAACGACCUUACAUGUGUGAAGCCUGCUGCUUUGAAACCCAUGACCAGGUAGCUUUUAAAUUGCACCUGCAAUCCCAUAAUGUGCCAAAAAGCGUGCCGGACCCAGUGAGUGUGAAAUGCCUUAAGUGUGGAAGCAUUUUUUCUUCAUGUGAAGAACUAAAGGAGCACUGUAAGCUCCAUCUUUUGGACAAUAAGACAACCGAUAAUGAAUCUGAUGAAGGAUAUAAGGAAGCCAAGGUUUUUGCCCAGCAGGGGGAGCUCUCGGGCCCCUUGAAGUGUCAGCACUGCGAUUUUGUAGCAGGCUCAAGUCGUAGCCUGAAGUCGCACAUGAAAAGACACGCCAACGAUCAGCGCUAUGUUCAACAGCCACUGGAGCAGUAUAAAUGUAACCUCUGCGGCUAUAUCUGUCACCAUCUUCCGUCCUUGAAAUCGCACAUGUGGCGUCAUGCCAGCGAUGCCAACUACAGCUACCAGUACACAAAUGAUGUCAUCAACGCAGCCAUUGAUUAUGAAACUGAUGCCACAGCUGAGCCAGAUGACACAGAUUCAACCAAUGAUAAUGAGGAUGACAUCAUGCCUUCCACUGCAGAGUCCCAGUUACCAGAGCCAGUCAGGAGAGAGGCUGCAGACAGUUAUCUUAUACCUAGUGGUAACACUGAAGGUCAAGGUGAAGGUCAAAGUGAAGGUCAGAAGGCCGUGUGUCUGGUGACUUUCAGAUGCUGCCAGUGUGGUUAUGAAACAGUCAGCAAGUCUUUUCUCAACAUACACAUGAAGCUCCAUUCUGAUGUUAUAAAGAAACUGGAGGAAGGAAAGGCCAUUUAGCAAUGAAGAGAACUAGUAUUUUAUAUUUCAGCAAAAUGAGAACUUGUUUAAUUGUAAAUUAAGUUUAGUGAUAGGUAGUUUUUAAAAGUAGCUAUUAAACCUGCAUUAUGUAUAACAGUUAUAAAUUAGCUUAUUUAAAAAAUAGCAUUGCUCAAAAAUUGACGUUCUAGUGAUGGAUGAAUUUCCUUUUGUUGGCUUUUUUAAUGUACAACUAGCAUUGCUUUGUAUCAAAACUCCCAUGUUUAACUAUUUAGAUACUGUUUUAUUCAAUGAGUGGUAGAGUUGAAAGGGUAAGUAUAAAAGAAAAUGUCAAAUUUAUUUAUUUAUCUGCUUUUGUCAAUUUUGACAUUUUAUUUAGUUAUUGGCUUUACAAAUUAAAAGUGUGUUCACAUCUAGUUUAACUUAAGACUUAAUUAAUAGACCAUGUGUAUACAGUUCUGGGCUAAACAUUAAGUCACAUCUGCCCAGUAAAUACACAUAAAACAGGUUCAAGUUGAGCAUGGUUUGAAUGCAUUUUCAGACUGACCUUACUUAGGAUGACAUCAUCAGUCUAUUUUAAGUUAGCAAAUUAUGAUAUUCAUUGUAUAAACAGUCAUUUUUGAAUAUUAAGAGAUGCCAGUGCUGCCUACUUUUGUUCAUUUUCAAUGAUGCAGAAUUAUUGCAAAUGAUUAUUUAUUAAACCUGCUUACAGUAAUUAGAAUUGAUUAAAUUUCAAUUAGUUGAAGUGUUUUUGUCCAGUUUCCUGAUUAUUUAACUUAAGCAUGGUCUUAAUAUUAAUUUUUGGUUUAUUGUAAAAUAUGAGGUUUCUUAAAUAUUAAAAAUGAUCAGUCUGAUUUAGAAUUGGCUAAAUUUAAAAUUAAGGGACAACCAGUAUGAUAAUGCUGACGUUACUCAGCUGUGUGAAUAAUUUUGUAAAAUGUUUAUAUGCUAGUCUCAAAAUUUGAUUCUUUAAUUCUUGAUAUGAACAGUAUUAGAGAAUACUAUAGAUUCCCAGUAAGAUGCUUUUUUUUUUCAUUCAUUUUGAUGUAAUAAGUCUUAUGCUUACUGCCAUAUUAAGUCAUUAAGUAUUAUUUCUUUUACAUUUUCAUGUACUGAUAAGGAAGGGUUACUGGUGUAAGCCUAAGGUUUUUUUAUUGAUAAGUUAUAGGUACUGUAAUUUGGUUGGGGUGCAGAGGGAAAGGUUUAUGUCGACCUAGAAAUAAAUUGAAUAUGGCAUAUUUUUGUUUUCAUUUAAAGGUAUUUAUACCAGUAAAAAAAAAACAGUGUCUGUGUGGGACAGGGAAUUUUUAAUGUUAUGAAACUUGGAAAAAUCAAACAAUGGUUGAUUUGUUUCCUUAUUACUUGAGAUCCAGGAGGUGUUACUCCAGAAGACUAUAUCAAGAAUG